GGCUGUUGGGGAGGAAUACCGCGUCCACCUUUCUGCCUCUUGUCACCACUACUAUCCUGGUUGGAUCCUGACGGUGACGAGGUCUGGGAAGGUGAAGCACAUGUCCAGAUUUCCAGGAGAGGCAAUUUGUUUAUCAUCUUUGUGGAAGAAGAAAACACUCUGAGUGCCCAGAUGUCUCAGCAACCAAUGCCGUGCCAUGAUGGCCAGGACUCAUGACAAGUGACAGUGUGCUGUGAAGCAUGGUGUCUCUGGACCUGAAAGGGCUGAAAACCCCAUGACUCGUGGAGAUUAAGAACCCUGAAGGAGACAUGAGUAAAAACAAAGGGGUCAACCAUUUCACACCCUUAAAGAAGGUGAGGGAUGAAGGGAAACAAACUGGUUUUGAGUCAGCCCCUUUGCCAGUUCCACUUACUCCUGGGCUGUGGACCAUUCAUCGAGAUGGAGAAGUCCUUCUGAGGCUAUCAAAACAUGGGCCAGGCCACGAGACCCCAGUAACCAUCCCUGAAUUUUUUCGGGAGUCAGUCAACCGAUUUGGGACAUAUCCAGCCCUUGCAACAAAGAACAGUGAGCAGUGGGAAGUUCUGAAUUUCAACCAGUACUAUGAGGCUUGCCGGAAGGCUGCAAGAGCCAUGAUCAAGCUGGGCCUGCAGCGUUUCCACGGAGUUGGCAUCCUGGGGUUUAACUCCAUUGAGUGGUUUAUUGCUUCCCUUGGAUCCAUCUUAGCAGGGGGUCUUUGCGUUGGUAUUUAUGCUACCAACUCUGCGGAGGCUUGUCAGCACGUCAUUACUCAUGCCAAAGUGAACAUCCUGCUGGUUGAGGAUGACCUACAGUUAAAGAAAAUCCUUUCGAUUCCGCAGGGCAAGAUGGAGACCCUAAAGGUGAUCAUCCAGUACAAGCUGCCAAUGAAGGAGAGCAAUAAUAACCUGUACUCUUGGAAGGAUUUCAUGGAACUCGGCAACAGCAUCCCCGAUUCCCAGCUGGACGAGAUCAUGGAAAGCCAGAGGGCUAAUCAGUGCGCUAUGAUCAUCUACACUUCUGGGACCUUAGGCAAUCCCAAGGGAGUGAUGCUUAGCCAUGACAAUGUCACGUGGACAGCGAGCACAGUGGCAAGGAACAGUGGCCUGUCUUGCGCCUCAGAAAAGCAGGAGGUGGUGGUCAGCUACCUUCCCCUCAGCCACAUUACAGCUCAAAUGAUGGAUAUCUGGAUACCCAUGAAGAUCGGAGCUUUCACCUACUUUGCUCAAUCAGACGCUCUCAAAGGUACCCUGAUCAACACCCUGCAGGAAGUAAAGCCUACCGCCUUCUUGGGGGUGCCCCGAAUUUGGGAGAAGAUGCAGGAGAUGAUCAAAGAAAAUGGUAUCAAAUUCUCAAGCUUGAGGAAGAAGGUGUUUUCAUGGGGAAGAGUUAUUGGCUUAAAGGUCCAUACAAAAAGGAUGUUGGGGAUACAUGACACUCCCAUGAGCUACCGCAUGGCGAAGUCCCUCGUGUUCAGCAAAGUCAGGAGUGACCUUGGCCUUGAUUACUGCCACUUUUCUAUCAGCGGGGCUGCGCCUCUCGACCAGGAGACAUCUGAGUUCUUCCUAAGCCUGGACUUGCUGAUAAGCGAGAUAUAUGGUAUGACUGAAAGCACAGGACCCCACACCAUACCCAGCCAGAAUAACUACAAGAUUCACAGCCCUGGUUUCCCCCUCCCACUCCCUGGCAGCUGUGGCAAAAUCAUGGCUGGGUGUAAGAACAUGCUGUACCAGCAGAGCAAAGAAGGCAUCGGGGAGAUCUGCAUCUGGGGUCGGCACGUCUUCAUGGGCUAUCUGGAAAUGGAAGACGAGACCACGGAGGUCAUCGAUGAGGAAGGCUGGCUACACACCGGGGACCUGGGCCACAUGGACAACCAGGGCUUCCUCUAUAUCACAGGCCGCAUCAAAGAAAUCCUUGUCAUGGCCGGCGGUGAGAACGUGGCCCCUAUUCCCAUUGAGAACUUGGUUAAAGAGAAGAUUCCCAUAAUCAGUAAUGCCCUGUUAGUGGGAGAUAGGGCAAAGUUUCUGAGCAUCCUGCUGACGCUGAAGUGUGAGGUCGACGAGAUGAACGGAGAGCCACUGGACAAGUUAAGCUUGGAGGCCAUCCACUUCUGCCGGAACCUGGGAAGCCAUGUGUCCACCGUCUCUGAGAUUUUGGAGCUGAAGGACCCCCUGGUCUAUAGGGCCAUCCAGCAAGGCAUAGAUGCUGUGAAUCAGGAAGCCAUUUCCAAUGCACAGAGGAUCCAUAAGUGGGUCAUCCUGGAGAAGGACUUUUCUGUCCAAAAUGGAGAGAUGGGUCCAGCGACAAAGAUUCGGAGACAUUUUGUCACCCAGAAAUACAAAAAGCAAAUUGAAAAAUUCUACCACUGACUUCUCUGGUGGAGCUGCUCUUGGCUGUCCCAACGAGGACUGACUGAGACAUCAGAAAGAAAAGCCUUCACAAGUUUGAAGAAGUGGGUCCCCAAAUCAACUGGUCUUCCUGGAAGCAACUUGGAAACCCUCCCAACAAGUUCUGAUAAUAAAGCACUUCAGCAUC